ACCCCAUUGCCCAGCCCUGCCACCCCUCCGAGGACCUCAAGGAUCCCAGCCAACAACCGCACGAGACGCGGGAAGGUGCCCUCAGCACCUCUGAAGCAGCUGCCAGUGAAGUACAUCAAGAAGAGGGCGAAGAAAGGGACAGCAUGGCCCACACGUCGCAGCGAGAGGCUGGUCCAGAAAUGGAUCAAGAAGGAAAUAUGA